UGACAUUUGCUACACGUCAAAAUUCGUGAAUCUACCAGUGAUUGUACCGCACCCACUAGUUGUCCUCAACAAUUUUAGUGAUUUCUGAUUAGAAAAGUAUUUAGCAAGUACAGAAUCAUGGGUGAUCAUUUACCAGCAUGUGUCAUUGAUGUGGGCACAGGUUACACGAAGCUGGGCUUUGCCGGCAACAAGGAACCGCAGUUUAUCAUUCCGUCAGCCAUAGCGAUAAAAGAAACAGCGAAAGUCGGCGAUCAGAGUACUCGACGUAUGACUAAAGCUGUAGAAGAUUUAGAUUUCUUCAUCGGCGAUGAAGCGUUUGACGCCACCGGGUACGCUGUGAAAUAUCCCGUACGUCACGGUCUCGUCGAAGAUUGGGAUCUCAUGGAACGUUACAUUGAACAGUGCAUCUUCAAAUACCUGAGAGCGGAGCCAGAAGAUCAUCACUUCUUGCUCACUGAACCGCCACUGAACACUCCUGAGAACAGGGAGUAUUUAGCUGAGAUUAUGUUUGAGUCAUUCAAUGUGCCUGGCUUGUAUAUUGCUGUGCAGGCCGUGUUGGCGCUCGCAGCGUCGUGGAAGUCUCGCACCACUGCUGAACGUACAUUCACAGGCAUUGUAGUGGACAGUGGAGAUGGUGUAACCCAUAUAGUGCCUGUAGCUGAAGGAUAUGUUAUUGGGUCAUGUAUUAAGCAUAUACCAAUUGCUGGCAGAAACAUUACUUCAUUUAUUCAAUCACUACUUCGUGAGCGUGAAGUAGGUAUCCCACCAGAACAAAGUUUGGAGACUGCAAAGGCUAUAAAAGAGAGAUACAGUUAUAUUUGCCCCGAUAUAGCAAAAGAGUUUGCCAAGUAUGAUGCAGACCCUGGUAAAUGGAUGAAAAACUACACAGGUAUAAAUGCUAUUACUAAAAAUCCAUUCUCUGUUGAUGUUGGCUAUGAGAGGUUCUUGGGGCCUGAGAUAUUCUUCCACCCUGAGUUCUCUAAUGCAGAUUUCACUGUUCCUCUGAAUGAGAUGGUAGAUGAGGUCAUUCAGUCAUGUCCCAUUGAUGUGAGGAGAGGUUUAUAUGGCAACAUAGUGUUGUCUGGUGGGUCGACAAUGUUCCGUGACUUCGGGAGGAGACUGCAGCGAGAUAUCAAGAGGACUGUUGAUGCGAGGCUGAAGCUAUCAACUACUCUAUCAGAGGGCCGUAUCACACCUAAGCCUGUAGAUGUGCAAGUGAUUUCACACAACAUGCAGCGGUAUGCUGUCUGGUUCGGAGGCAGUAUGUUGGGCUCCACACCUGAGUUCUAUCAAGUGUGUCACACAAAGCAAGCGUACAUGGAGUACGGGCCCAGCAUUUGCAGACACAACCCUGUGUUUGGCACCAUGACAUAAAAUAUCAUAGUUAAUUGCCAGUAUUCAAGUCAAUAAUGAUGUUGACUAUUUUUAAGCAAUUAUGAAUUUAUAAUUUUAAGAUUUAUUUUACUUAAAAGAGACUUACUAAGUAUCCUUAUUUUAUAAGUGUAACUAAAUGUUGCUACAUUUUAAUGUAAUGGAGCAUGGUUUUUGUAUAAACACAUUUAAUUCCAACAUUAUGUUUAUUAAUGUAUUUAAAUAUUCAAUUCAUGUAAAAUCUAAUUUCUUAGCUGGUUUUUGAUUAAAAGGCAUUUAAUAUUGCAUUCCAGCUUUUUACCAAAUAUAGAGUCUUGAUAUAA